AUGGAAAUUGCAGAGUAUGUUUAUUGUCACGGAAUGAUUCGUAAAGGAGUUGGUCUUUGUCACGGUGUUUCCGGUAACGCAUACACAUUUCUCUCGGUAUAUAAACUCACCGAAGAUCCCAAAUAUUUACAAUGGGCGUUGGAAUAUGCCGAAGUAUGCACUCAGUGGGAGGAAAGAACUCGCAAGAAUGAAUUUCGACUUCCCGACAGGCCCUGGUCACUUUGGGAAGGUCUCGGCGGAUCAGUAUGGCUUUUGACGGACUUGCUGUAUUGGAAUGUUGGGGUGUUCAAAGGUUGCCCGGGGCUGACAGACGUCUGA